UUGGCGGGGUUGGGCAAGAUGGCGGCGCUGGCGCUGUUCUCGCUGCUCGCGGCGGCGGCAGCGGCGGUGGUGGCGGCGGAGGCGGAGGGGGGAGCCCGUACCCUGGUGCUGCUGGAGAACGGGAACCUGCGGGACACGCACUCGCUCUUCUUCCGCAGCCUGGCGGACAGGGGCUUUGACCUCACCUUCCGGACAGCGGACGAUGCGGGGCUGUCCCUGAUAAAAUACGGAGAGUUUCUGUAUGACAACCUGAUUAUCUUCUCGCCAUCCAUAGAAGAUUUUGGUGGAAACAUCAAUGUGGAGACCAUCACGGCUUUCAUCGAUGGUGGUGGCAGCGUCCUCGUUGCUGCCAGCUCAGAUAUUGGUGACCCGCUGCGGGAGCUGGGCAGCGAGUGCGGGAUCGAGUUUGAUGAGGAGAGAACGGCUGUCAUCGACCAUCACAACUACGAUAUAUCCGACCCUGGCCAGCACACGCUGAUAGUGGCGGACACCGAGAACCUCCUGAAGGCUCCCACCAUUGUGGGGAAGGCAGCGCUGAACCCCAUCCUCUUCCGAGGGGUCGGGAUGGUGGCUGAUCCCGACAACCCGCUGGUACUGGAUAUCCUGACGGGCUCUUCUACCUCUUACUCCUUCUUCCCCGACAAGCCCAUUACCCAGUACCCACACGCCGUUGGGAAGAACACCCUUCUGAUUGCGGGACUACAAGCCCGGAACAACGCCCGCGUUGUUUUCAGUGGCUCCUUGGAUUUCUUCAGCGAUGCUUUCUUCAAUUCUGCUGUGCAGAAAGCUACUCCUGGCUCCAAGAGGUACACGCAGACAGGUAAUUACGAGCUGGCCAUUGCCUUGUCCCGCUGGGUGUUCAAGGAGGAGGGAGUGCUGCGCGUCGGAGCCGUCUCCCACCACCGCGUUGGGGAACAUGCGCCUCCUAAUGCCUACACCGUCACUGACCUUGUGGAGUACAGCAUUGUAAUUGAAAAGCUCUCCAACGGCAAGUGGGUCCCCUUCGAUGGAGACGAUAUCCAGCUGGAGUUUGUUCGCAUUGAUCCCUUUGUGCGGACCUUCCUGAAGAGGAACGGUGGCAAAUACAGCGUGCAGUUCAAGCUGCCAGACGUCUAUGGUGUGUUCCAGUUCAAAGUGGACUACAACCGCCUGGGCUACACCCACCUCUACUCCUCCACCCAGGUGUCCGUGCGUCCCCUCCAGCACACGCAGUAUGAGCGUUUCAUUCCCUCGGCGUAUCCCUACUACGCCGGUGCCUUCUCCAUGAUGGUUGGGCUCUUCAUGUUCAGCAUCGUCUUCCUGCACAUGAAGGAGAAGGAGAAAUCCGACUGAGCUCCUUCUGGGAGGAAGAGCCUUUUCCCGGGUGCCAGGCGGGGAUGGGCAGCUCGGGAUCCUCGUUUCCAGCUGUGUAAAGACUGAUGGGUGCCAGGCAUGCUGGGAAUUUGCGUUUGGUCAUCUGAUUUUCACAGGUUGGGGGAUUAAUAAGGAAAGAAAAUGGGAUUUUGGGGGGGAGUCAGUUCCCAGAGUGUCUCCGAAUGUGGAGCCGUGUUGCCUCCGGUGUUGUCCUGUGAGGAGUUUGUGGUGGUUGUCCCACCUCACCAUUGGGAUGGAUGUGAUUCUGGAUGAAUAAA